AUGGCCGUCAAGAUCCCUGUGACUGACAGGGUCCUCAGAUCAAGGGUUAAACAGCUUGCCGCCCCCAAGGUCACUGCCGUGGUUAAACCAAAGGCCACCCCCAAGCCAAAGGCCGCCCCUAAGCCCAAAGCCGCCCCCAAGGCCAAGGCUACCCCCAAGGCCAAGGCUACCCCCAAGGCCAAGGCCACUCCCAGGCCUAAGGCUACUGAAGGUAAGGUCACGAAGGCAGAGGCCGCGAGGAAGGCCAAGCAGAGGGCUUGGUCACGGAGCACUGGAGGCCUAGCUAAGCUUGAUUUCUCCCCAGCUAGGGGCUCGGAAGCCGCGCUACAAUCGCGGGCAAACUCCGACGCUCUCGAGAUCCUCUCAGCCAUGUACUUUGACAUCAAUAGUUUGUGCAGCCUCCAGAGAAUUGUACAAACAGAGAACGAUUUUGCGGUCAUCACACCCUGGCAGAACCAAAUCGACGAAGCAAAAGAUUCCGUUCACCUUGAAGUAUUAAACUACGUCGAAAAAUAUGAAAAGCUCGAGAAUGCACCCGCAGACGAAGAACACGGAAUUAACAGACUGUAUCAGUUUGUGGAGGCAUAUGGAUGGAGGCUCCUUUCAAUUUGUCUCCAUGCCGAAUCUUUCCGUCGAGCAUUCAGAAAUACUAAAGACAGGGUCUGGAAUACACUGUUCUCAUUUAUUGGCGAGAAUCAGCUCAGUCUCGAAGUUUUUGCAAUUUCCCGUCAACUUCAGUGGCGUGACCCUCUCGAGUAUGUUCGUGUGACAAUCAAGAAACUUAACGGCUUACCAUCCUUGAUGGAGGCGCUUUCCGAGCAGCCUAAUUGGGGAUUUCAGAUCACUCACCCGCACGAUGUUGCCAUUACACUCAAUGGCGAGGUGCAAAAUACAUACUUCAGGGGUAAACCCCGAACCGUCAUCUACGAGAAUUUCUGGGAUGCUGCGAAAUGGGGUUCCCCGGAUCCGACGCUCCGAGCAUCGCUCACCAAUGUUGUGGAAUGUAUCUUCUGCUUGAGUAAAGAGCCCUGCGCCUGUCGCUUGGUGCCCCUGGCAGGAGGCAUGGUUGAGCUAAGGGAAUACCCACUGAAGGGUAUUGGCGUUCGUGCGCUAGCCAAUUUCAGAAGGGAUGACAUUCUCGACGUGUUUGUUGGUGAAAUAUAUCCAUCCAAGGAGAUUUGUGAUGAUGACCCGGAUCAGGCUUAUGCUCUCACUCAAUUCCCCAAUGAGUGUGAUCCUGGUGUCGCAGAGAUUCUUCCCCACUUCAAGGGCAAUUGGACUCGGUUUAUCAAUCACUCGUGCCAGCCUUCAACGUGUUUCAUGACUCGCCAUGUUGGAGACCGAGUGGUAACAACAGUAGAAGCCAUUCGCCACAUCUCGGCCUUUGAAGAGCUUACUAUCAAUUAUGGUGAUAGUUAUUGGCCUCCCUUGAUCGAGUCUACAGUUGGAGAACACUUCGCCACGGUUGUGGCAGAAUGCGGGGAUAGAACAGCUGUCAUUUCAAAGCAUCAGAAUGACCGAGCUACCUAUGCUUCUCUAGACACCAAGAGCAAUGCGCUUGCUCGAGGGCUAGAGUCAGUGGGCGUGCGCAAGGGAGAGCGAGUUGGAGUCAUGCUUGGCAACUCGAUGGAAUAUGCGGUGGCAACAUACGCAUUAUUUAAACUCGGUGCCAUUUUGGUCCCCCUCAAUCCGUCAUUCAAUGCCACACAAGUAAUCGCCGCACUGGGUCAUCUCGAAUCGAGCCACCUUAUUAUAAGCACAGAGUCAAAUCUUCCGCGAAAAGAACCUCGAAGCAACAUUCCCUUGCUCCAGGAACUCAUUACGGAUCUUUCCAACUCGAAGAUAGAUUCUGCUUUGGUCCCCUCGUUGAAGCAGGUCAUUCUUGUCGAUAAUUCCGAAGGCCGCGUGGAUAUAUCUUCUUACAAAAGCAUAACGCCGUACACAUCCAUCAUGUCCCAGAUCGCAGCAGAUGGUCGCCCGCUUCCUCCUCAAGGUCUUUCACCAUAUGAUAUUGUGAAUAUCCAGUUUACAUCAGGAACAACAGCGAUGCCAAAGGCCGCUUGCCUCAGCCACCACUCUAUUCUGAACAACGGCUCUCAGAUUGGUGACCGCAUGCUUCUCACCCCAAAUGACAUUGUGUGCUGCCCACCACCACUGUUCCAUUGCUUCGGAUGUAUAUUGGGAUACAUGGCUACAGCAACACACGGCUCAGCCAUCGUUUUCCCAAGUGAAUCCUUCAAUGCGCGUGCUGCAUUGAACGCAGUCCAAGAAGAAAAAUGUACAGCUUUGUACGGGGUACCAACGAUGUUCCUCGAAGAGCUUAGUCUGAUUGAGAAAGGAGAGGUCUCUCAAGAGGGAUUCCAGCAUCUUCGGACCGGUAUCGCUGCUGGAAGUAGCAUCCCUGCUGAAUUAAUGAAGAAACUACACAGAGUGCUGAACCUCACCGAGUUGACAAUUUGCUAUGGAAUGACCGAGACCAGCCCCGUAUCGGCCAUGACGACCACAGAUGAUCCUAUUGACAAGCGAAUCACCUCUGUGGGAAAACUCAUGCCGCAUGUUGAGGCCAAGAUCGUGAAUCCUGAAGAUCACCGAAGUACCCAGCCUAUUGAGACUCGCGGCGAAUUGGUUGUUAGCGGUUACUUGCUCAUGAAGGAGUAUUGGGGCGAUCCAGAGAAAACAGUAGAGGUCAUGGUUCCGGACGAGGCUGGGAAAGUAUGGAUGCAUACCGGCGACGAAGCUUCCAUGUCGGCAGACGGAUAUAUCACCAUCACUGGCCGGAUAAAAGAUCUUAUCAUACGUGGUGGCGAGAACAUACACCCUCUAGAGAUUGAAAACUGUUUGCUUGCCAACUCCGAUGUGGCCGAUGUAUCGGUUGUUGGUGUUCCCGAUGCGCGAUAUGGGGAGGCUGUGGCUGCCUUUGUGAUUGCUCGUGAUCAUAGCAUCAACAAAAUUGGGGUUGAAGAUAUACAGCAAUGGGUGCGUGAUAAGCUCAGUAAUCAUCUCGUUCCGAAGCAUGUCUUCUUCUUGGGUCCUUUGGAACCUUUCCCUAAGACGGCAAGUGGUAAGAUCCAGAAAUUCAAGCUCAGGCAGAAGGCUCUCGAGCUUUUGGCAUACAAGGCGGCAAAUGCAUAG